AACCUCGUGACUUUCGGUUAGUUAAUUCAUUGCUCUCACUGUUUGCUGCAGGAAGACAACAGCUUUACUAAACUUUGAAGUAUGAAGAUCUUAGUUUUGUUGAUUUUUUCCGUAUACUCUGUUACUUCUUUAUAUCCGUUUUCCGAGGAGGGCGAAUAUCACUUUAAGUUAUGGAUGUCGCGGUACAACAAGGUGUAUGACAUGGAGGAGUACUACCACAGACUUCAGAUCUUCAUUGAGAACAAGAGGAGGAUUGACUAUCACAAUGAAGGAAAUCACAAGUUCACAAUGGGACUGAAUCAGUUCUCUGACCUGACGUUUGCUGAAUUCAGAAAAUCUUUCCUCUUGACUGAGCCCCAGAACUGUUCUGCCACUAAAGGGAGUCAUGUGAGCAGCAAUGGACCAUAUCCAGAGUCGGUCGACUGGAGAAAGAAGGGGCACUAUGUCACAGCGGUGAAGAACCAGGGGCCCUGUGGUAGCUGCUGGACCUUUUCCACUACAGGCUGUUUGGAGUCAGUCACAGCAAUCGCAACAGGGAAACUCUUACAACUGUCAGAGCAGCAACUAGUGGACUGUGCUCAGGCCUUCAACAACCACGGCUGUAAUGGCGGGCUCCCCAGUCAAGCAUUUGAGUACAUCAAGUAUAACAAGGGAAUCAUGACAGAGGAUGACUAUCCAUACACUGCACAUGAUGACACUUGCAAGUUCAAGACUGAUUUGGCUGCUGCCUUUGUUAAGGAUGUAGUCAACAUAACAAAGUAUGAUGAAAUGGGUAUGCUGGAUGCAGUGGCCAGAUUCAACCCUGUCAGCCUUGCCUAUGAGGUGACCUCUGAUUUCAUGCAUUACGAUGGUGGUGUGUACACCAGCAUGGAGUGUCACAACACCACAGACACAGUGAAUCAUGCAGUGCUGGCUGUGGGGUAUGGUGAGGAGAAGGGCACACCCUACUGGAUAGUGAAGAACUCCUGGGGAAGCAGCUGGGGAAUGAAAGGCUAUUUCUUCAUUGAGCGUGGGAAAAACAUGUGUGGACUGGCUGCCUGCUCAUCUUAUCCCCUUCCUGUGCUGUGAACGUUGAAUUCUGCACGCCAUGGGGGCAAGAGUACUAAAAAGGGACAUGGAGCCAAAGACUUCAUUAUCAUUUAAAAUUUUAAAUCAAUGAUAUGGUUUGAUUUUUAUGUUUGCUCACCACCUCAGGGAGUCUGAUUAUAUACUGGGAGAAACACACUGCACAUCUACUGUUUUUAAUCAGGAUUUGAUUGAUUCGAUUAUUGUGCUGACAUGAAGUUUGUUAUGAUUUUAAUCACGUGAAAUUGUUUUUUAAUACAGAUUUAAUGUUUGUGAAUAAAGUUUCUUGAUUUCUCUGUCACAAUUUGAUGGGCGACACAUUUCGAAUUCAGAUAAGACUGUGUGAUGAUGCUGUUUAUAUAGUCCAGAGUUCUUUUUAAUGAACCGGGUAGUUUGGCUUCUGGAUGCUGAUUGGCUAAAAGCCGUGGUAUAUGGUCUAAUAUACCAAAACAUUUAUGCCAAAACAUUUAUUUGUAUGUUGGUAACCAGUUUAUAAUAGC